GUACGCCGCCCGUGUGUUGCCGGCCGCGUCGAUAUCGCCUUAUCUCGAGCUCGCCAACAGCAGGCGCCAGAUUCUAGAUGGCGUUCACCCGCUGGCGCUCGUCAUCGAAGAGGGUACUGCCAGCGAGUCCAAGGGCUGCGCCUGCCAGCAGGACGCUCGGAAGUCUGA